AAAAAAAACACUGAUAGAGAAAAGUUGUUCAUCCAUGUUGUUCUCCUGUUUAAGCUUGCUGAACUUUUAUAACAAUUCCAGAUUUAAGCUAUAACUUAAACUAUAUAUUCCCAGCGUGUUUGACCGCACGUAUGCAUAUGUAUGCAAAUUCUAACUACAAGUAAACAACAACAACAACGACCAAAAUGUGUACGGUGUGAGUGCUGCACUAGUGGAAUAAAGGACAAAAUCAAGUUCCAAGUUAAUGUUAUCAUUUCAUGGGUAACAUUAAAGUCAAACACGAGGAAGAAAGAAAAUUAAUAACAACAUGGAUCAAGAAACAGAAGAAAUUUCUACGCUAGAUCAACAACAAAGGGGUCUCAAGCGUCAACGUGGAGGUGCAAAGGCUGCUGUGACAUGCUUGAUGACACAGAUUACAACCGCUAUGAACUGUAAUCAGCCCAAAGAGGUAGAGAUGAAACUUGCUGCUUUGGAUGAGGCUGUUAGGCGGUUUCAUGAGAUUCAUGACAUGCACCAUAAAACAUUAGAAGAUGAUGAUGACCUUGAUGCUUCUAAGGGCUAUUUAACGUCAGUCCUGCGGGAUGUGCAAGACUUGCAGCACACAGUUUUAAGCUGGCUUGACGAUUUUAAGCCAUCAAUGGAAUCGUCUGAUGCAUCAAACUUCCAAGAGGAACAAAAAAUGCUUGAUGAAGCUGGUAAACCGCAAAUGUCUCCUGUAGACCAACUAUCUACGCAGUUUCAAGAGCUACAGAAUCUAAGACAGAAAGAAAAUAAAGAGUUCUCUGUGCUUUUAGCUCAACAAGAAGAUCGUCUGCGUGCAGAGUUUAAACUACAACUUCAGCGAGCUGAAUUUGAAAUGGAUGGACUAAAAGGCUUACUGGAACUCAAAGACGCUGAGAUGGAGGAAAAUCGACAGAAGGCUGAAUUAACGACAAUAAACAAAAAUUUCUCAACUCCUGUCUCAGGUAACCCAUCCCUUAACUUUCGUCCAUCACUCUCUGCAGUAAAUGAGAAUUCUUUAUGUCAACUACUAGAGCUGUCAAGGCAACAGUAUCAGUCACACAUUGAUUCCAUGCACUUACCACCUGUUGACAUCAUCAAGUUCGAUGGAGAACCCUUAAAGUACUGGCAGUUCAUGAGAUUGUUCUGCUCUGUGAUUGAUAAAGAGACAGUGCCAGAUCAAGAGAAACUCACUCGACUGCAUCAGUACACUGUCGGCCAAGCUAGAGAUGCUAUCUCACACUGCUUGUACAACCCCAACUUUAGCCUGGGUUAUGCAGAAGCCAUGGAUAUUCUGAAAAGACGUUUUGGCAAUCCAUAUGCAAUAUCACAAGCAUGGGUCGACAAGGUGCUCAAUCACAAAGACAUUAAAGACAACAAGCAGUUGCAAAGUUUUGCAGACAUUCUGUGCAGCUGCAGAGACACUUUAAAGGCAAUGAAGUGCGAGGAAGAGCUGAAUGGUGGACGCACUUUGCUACAAAUUGUAGAAAAGCUACCUGAAGACAUAAAGAAAAGAUGGCUCAUAAUAAACUACGAGAUCAUCAAGUCUGGCCGUUUGCCGAAGUUGGAUGACAUAGUCAGUCUUGUUGAAUCUGAAGCUGCUAAGAGAGCUGAUCCUAUCUUCGGGAAUCUUCUUACUCAUGCCAGUCGAAAUUCUCCAGCGAGUUCUAAAUCAAAUGCUAAGUCAAGUUUUAAUAAGAAAAAGCAGACGUUCGCAACAGUGUCAGUUACUAAUGAAUCCACUACAUCGUCCACACCAAAGACAACAUCAGGAUUUAAGUGUCCAAAGUGCACUGACAGACACUUUCUGAACCAGUGUCAAUCCUUUAGAGCUCUGUCUGUUCAGGAGCGCUUCGCCUUUGUUCAACAAAAGCAACUCUGCCUGAACUGUUUCAUGAAAGGUCAUCACAGCACAGUCUGUACUCGCAGCUGGGUAUGUAAGGUGCCUGGAUGUGGGAAAAGGCACAACAGUUGGCUGCACUCUGCUAUUGUAGCUUCUAAUAACGACAAAAGCCAAUCUACUAAUCAAGCUACUGAAGAUGAGCCAGCCGUUGACCCGCCACAAGCCAUUCAAGCACAUGCCACCAGAAAAUGCAUAAUGCAUUGAAGUCAG